GUCAGUAAAGCGCUAGCUAACAUAGACGAAAAGUGAUACAACGAGGAAGAAUUAUCAUCAACAGUGCAGGUAUUCUUUCAAUUAAUUUUUAUCUGACCCAGAUAUAAAGCAGAGAGGCUGAGAAAAUGGACACAAGAGCCUUGAGGAAUCCAUAUCCUGACUAUGAUGGGUGCCCUGCGUCCACCCAGGCCUUCUUUGACUCCCAGGGAAAGCUCACAUCAGAGUUUGCCCAGAGGCUCAGCAGUAAGGUCAGCGAGCUUUUAGCCGUCAUGGAAAAUGGGCUGAGGUCUGCUGACCCAAGAAACUGCACCACCUACACCGGCUGGGCAGGCAUCGCUCUGCUCUACCUCCACCUUCAUGACGUGUUCAAGGAACCCGCCUUCCUCCAGAAAGCUUCAGACUACAUCAGCCGCAGCCUCAAGUGUUUGACCCGUCGCCACGACGUCACCUUCCUGUGCGGAGAUACUGGGCCAUUGGCUAUUGCUGCUGUGGUGUACCACCGCCUGCAGAGGGUGCAAGAGAGUGAUGAAUGCAUCAACAGACUUGUGCAGUUUCAUCAGACUGUGGUGAAGGGUUCAGGCAACCUGCCAGAUGAGAUGCUGUACGGACGGAUGGGCUACCUCUACUCGCUCAUCUUCAUCAACCAGCAGCUCAGGCAGGACAGGAUCCCUCUGCAGUACAUCCAGCAGAUCAGUGAAGCCGUGUUGGCGUCGGGGGAGCACCAAAGUAGGAAGUUCCGGGUGCAGAACCAGAGCCCGUUAAUGUACGAGUGGUACCAGGAGCAGUAUGUCGGCGCUGCCCACGGCCUCGCUGGCAUCUACUACUUCCUCAUGCAGCCAGGCUUCGUCUCUGCAGAAGAGCAGGUCCACAGGCUGGUGAAACCCAGUGUGGACCAUGUCUGCCGCCUUAAGUUCCCCUCUGGAAACUACCCACCCUGCAUUGGGGAUGACCGGGACCUGCUGGUGCACUGGUGUCAUGGCUCACCAGGGGUCAUCUACAUGCUCCUGCAGGCCCACAAGGCAUUUGGAGUGCCUCAGUACCUGGAGGAUGCUCUGCAGUGUGGGGAGGUGGUGUGGAAGUGGGGCCUCCUGAAGAAAGGCUACGGGUUAUGUCACGGUGCGGCGGGUAACGCCUACACCUUCCUUGCCCUGUACCGUCAAACGCAGGACCCCAAACACCUGUACAGAGCCUGCAUGUUUGCAGACUGGUGCAUGAACUACGGCAAACACGGAUGUCGAACACCAGACACUCCCUUUUCACUUUUUGAAGGAAUGGCAGGCACCAUCUACUUCUUGGCCGACCUUCUGGAUCCAAUGAGAUCAAGGUUCCCAGCCUUCGAGGUGUAAAAAGGAUCCCACAGGUAGUCCAACUCCACUCGCACUACGGAAAAUAUCAAAGGAAGAAAACCCAGGCCCCUCCUGUCGUACUCACGCUGCACUGCAUUCAUCGCAAUAAAUAAUAUUUAGGAAUGUGACCAAUCGGCCGGAGACUCCAUGGCUGGCUUUGACUUCUGCUUCAGACAUUGUGCCAUGUUUUUUCCUGCUCGUCUUCUCCUACAACUAUUAUCGUUGGAUUUGAGUCUUAUUAACAGGAUAAAUCCUCGUGUCACAUCUUAAAGAAAUGUUGAAAAAUGAGAGAAUGUGGUUUUUUUUGGUGUAUAUAUUAGAUUUGUUUGGCUAAGAGAGAGGAAGCUAGUUUUCUGCUGCAUGUCAUGAAUGGGUGUUUGCUGGGUUGUAAACUAUUAGUUUGUAUUAAUUUUUGCAGGUUUUCUAUGCUGAAUGGAAUUGGAUUUUAGCUGUUUUUACUAAAAGAGAGUAUGGAAAAUAUUUGUGUUUCCAAACAAUUACUUCUGUUGUGUUUUCUGAAAUAUAAAAUGUAGAAUUUCUAAAGAUAAACCGAUCAUACAAGCAGAGUUUUUUCUUUUAUGGCUAGAGUGUAAUGUCUGCUUAAUAUUGUUAAAGCCAAGGCAAUAAGAGUAACUUCAGCUGAAUGUUUGUCUGAGGAUUCCAAAUGGGAGAAGGAAGUAAGAUGCAGGAUUAGGAUGGGUAAAAUGCUAAAGGAAUAAUAAAGUGAAUUUACCUUUAA